UCAGUUUCAGCUUCAGCUUCAGCUUCAGCUUCAGCGUCUUCAAACCCAUGAAUCCCACCUUUAUUUCCAGGCGUGGACGGUGCUGAUGUUCCAGUCGACUGGUCUGUGGUUUUAGAUGGAAACGUGAUGGAGUCUGGUCAAAGCAGCGUCAGCUGUCCAACAGUGGAGCUGGAGAGUCGGAGUCCCACUGGAGGUGGACCUUCAGGUGUUGUGGAUCAGCUGACCCUACCUGUUCCUCAGAACAUCCACAUCAGUAACAUCACCUGUGAUUCCUUCAACAUCAGCUGGGACAUGGACGGACCAGACAGGGACAAGAUCACACACUAUUUCAUCGACCUGAACAAGAAAGAAAACAAAAACUCCAACCAGUUCAAACACAAGGACGUUCCAACCAAACUGGUGGCCAAGGCCGUCCGACUGCCCAUGACCGUCAGAGGUCAUUGGUUCCUCAGUCCUCGGACCCGGUACACGUUGGCCGUUCAAACGGCCGCAAAGAAGCCCGACGGCGACUACACGGUUUCCCAGUGGAGCGAGAUCAUCGAGUUCUGCACCGCAGAUUACUCGUCCGUCCAUCUGGGUCAGCUGCUUCUGAAGGCCCAGGCCAUGGCCGGACGCAUGCUGCCCUUCUCCGUCUUCUACAGGAACCAGAACAAAGACUACUUCCACCAGCCCAGCCCCUCUUUUCCUUCCAGAGACGCUCAGUGCCGCCUCAUGUUGCCGUCGGUGAAAGACGACAGCGGCAGUCACGGCUCCCCCAUCAGUGGGAAACUGGAGGGAAUCUUCUUCAGCUGCAACACCGAGUUCAACACCGGGAAACCCCCCCAGGACUCCCCAUAUGGACCCUACCGCUUUGAGAUCCAGGCGGACCUCCUUCUGAACCAGAACACUAACCUGUACUUUGGGGACUUCUACUGCAUGUACACCUCCUACCACUACAUCAUCCUGGUUCUGGCUCCGGUCGGGUCCAAAGGGGACCUGUUCUGUAAAGGGAGGCUUCCGGCCCUGGACCGCUCCGAUAACUGCUUCCUGACCUGCACGGCGGCGGCCGACGGCGGCCCCUUACGUUUCCAUCACGCCCAGGACGUGAUCCUGGAGGUGAUCUACACAGACCCGGUGGACCUGUCUCUGGGGACGGUGUCCCCCAUCAGUGGACACACCCUGAUGAGUCUGUCCACCACCAACGCCAAGAAGGACCCCAGCUGCAAGAUCUGCAACAUCAGCGUGGGACGAUAGAGGGACCUGCUGGACCCACUGGACCCACCUGACCCACUGGACCAAGUGGACCCACUGGACCUACUGGACCCACUGGACCAAGUGGACCCACUGGAUCCAUUGGACCCACUGGACUAAGUGGACCCAUUUGGACCCACUGGACAAAAUGGACUGACUGGACCAACUGGAUCCAUUGGACCUGUUGGACCAACUGGAUUCAUUGGACCCACCAGACCCAUUGGACCAACUGGAUCCAUUGGACCCACUGGACCAACUAGUCCCACUGGACCUACUAGACCCACUGGACCCACUGGACUGACUAGACCCAUUGGGCCCAUUAGACUCACUGGACCCACUGAACCCACUGGACCACUUGGACCCACUAGACCCAUUGGACAGACUAGACCCACUAGACCCGCUGGACCACCUGGACCCAA